AAGUUGAAACGGCGGCGGACGAAGCGCCAUGUUUAUUGAAAACGUAACGUUAUCGGAAAAGAAAGCUGGCUGUGUUGUUUUUUAUAAAUUAGUUUAGCGAAAGUGCGAUGGUAUUUACUUCAGUUUGAUAUUUCUGUUUCUAAUAAGAAGUGUGAGUUGUACUAUUGUAGUUUCUUCUAUAUACUAUUGCUGAAAAAAUGGCAGGGCCGCCUGAAAACCAGAGGUCUUUUCGACUUUUUGUGACCCAUGUAGACGGUGACUCUCAUUUUCUGAAAAUUAGUGGUCAAGUAGAUCAACAGGCUUCGUUGAUGAUAGAGAGCCUGUUUGAAAGUUCCCGAGAUAAUCUAGAAAAAGGCAUCGGAGCGGUGCCACCGGCAGCUAUUCAUGAAGGUGUCAUUUGUGCCGCCAAAUACAAAGAUGGUAUUUAUUACCGAGCUAAAGUUGUGAGCACAAAUAAUUUAUCUACCGGUUUGGUUGGAGUCCACUUUAUUGACUAUGGGAACAAAGACAUUAUUUCAUUGAGCGCUAUACGAUUCCUCGACAACUACGACCCGCUAUUCUUACAACUACGUGGUCAAGCGUCUGACUAUUACCUAUCUGGGGUAAUGAAUCCGUCUGGAAGAUGGGAAGAACCACUUUUACUAAAACUGCAAAGCUUAGUGUGCUAUUCUGAUUAUAUUGCGACUAUUGAAGCUCAAACUCGGACAAUACCUAUAAUAUCUGUACAAUUUAAAGGCACGGAUCUAUCGACACAUCUUGUGUCGAUUCGUUUUGGUGUAGCUUUACCUCUAGCAAAGCAAGAAGUCUUACUACUUCAAUUAUCUGGUGAUAAUCAUCAACCAUCAAAUUGGCAGCCUAGUGUUUCAAAUGAAGCUGCAAAUUUCCCCGAACACAUCCCAUUUUUAAUGAAUCAAAAUUUCCCGGCUAAUCCAGCAUCCACUAUGCGCAUUCAGCAAAAUGCAUCAUUACCAUUUAAUGGAAGUAUACAGAUGGCACCAUCUUUGAUUGGACAACGAUUACUCAACAAAGCUUCUAGAAACCCAGGGAAUUUAAAGGCCCCAGUACGCCAGCCACAGCAUGCCCCUACUAAUAGCAUCAACCUUUCAACCCCUCCACCAGCUCUAAUGAUAGCUCCUAAACCUGGUUCUCCCAAAAAGUCGUCCACUUAUAAGAGCAGAUUAUUGGAAGUGAACUCUCAACAUAAAGUUUUUGUGUCAUUUGCUGAAGAAGGACCAGAAUUAUUUGCAGUGCAGCUUGUUAGUGAUGCGAAGAAACUGCAGGAUAUGAUGGAUGACAUUAAUAAGAGGCCACAUAGCAGUCUUACUGAACCACCUAUGAUAGGCACAGUCUGCCUGGGCAGAAUGUCAGGUGACCGUAUUAUAUGCAGGGCUAUUGUUAUGAAUCUCUCUGGAUCUCAAUGCAAGUUAUUCUUUGUUGACUUUGGGGACACAGAAAUGGUAUCAUACUAUGAUAUCUUUGAUAUACCUGAUGAGUUUGUGAAGCCUAAUGUGUUCGCUAUGAGAUUCUGUUUAUCAGGUGUAAAGAAAUUGGAAAAGGGGCUUCAUUUGAAUGAGACUUUCAAACAACUAGUUAACGGAAAAGUGAUGACCCUGAAGGUAGUGGCACCUGAAGGGCCACCAUUGAUUCAGUAUGGAGAACUUUACUUAGACAAUAAGAAUGUGCUUGAAUUGUUGAUGGCUAAUAUGAAGGACAAGCUGCAGUUUAAAAGGAUUGACAUACUUCCUUUGGGAUCGAGGCGCUCUGUUCUUGUGUCUUAUGUAGAUAGCUGUAUCAAGUUCUUUGUGCAGUUGUCAGAUAACAUAGAUGAGUUGAAUGCUGUGAUGGAAGCUGUAAGAGCUCACUGUGAGAACAGCUCUUCUCCUGGAGAGUUGCCAGUGGGAGCAGCAUGCUGUGCACGAUUUCCUGAUGAUAACAACUGGUACAGAGCAACUGUUAGAGACACUAAGAAGAACAAAAUUGUUGUUAUGUAUGUUGACUAUGGUAAUGAACAAGAGGUUGAAGUAUCAGAUUUGAGGACCAUUACUCCUGAUUUGAUAAGAUUUCCAGCUCAGGCUAUGAUGUGUGCUCUGAAGGGUUAUGAGAACAAACCAGUAGAAACUAAGACAUCAAACCAAUUGGAGAUGCUAGCUUUGGAGAAGACACUGACUGCUCACAUAGUGGGCAUGCUGUCUACUACAAUGGUAGUGUCGCUGAUUGAUGAGACUGUAACCCCACCUCUGGAUGUAGCCCGAAAGAUGACACAACUAUCUCAACCCAGAAGCUCUCAUGAGGCCAAAGCAACAACCCCAAUAAGGAAAGACGCUCCAGAAACCUUCAGUUCUCCGGACAGUGCAUCUGAUGAUGGCAAAAAGAAAGGCUUCCGACGAGAAAAGAGCUUCAAGGAAGAAUGGAGACCACCAAAAGAGGGCAAUGAAGAAUUCCAGCAAAGAGGCGGCAGUUUUCGAAACAGGUGA